AUGGCUCCUUCGGCUUUUAAAGGCACCACUAGUACUCAAGAGGCCGAAGCCUGGAUAGAUGAAAUGGAGAAAGCCUUUAGAGCAAUAGAGUGCACCGAUGAAGAGAAGGUCAAAUUUGCCACCUAUAGGCUUCAUGACCGAGCUCAUCAUUGGUGGAUGUCUGUGGAGCGCACAUUGGCACCCGAGCAGGAGGCACUUACCUGGCAGAGGUUUCGCACAGCCUUCUACUCCAAGUAUUUUCCUUCAAGUCGCCUUAGGGAGCUAGAGAGAGAAUUUCUAAAUCUGUCUCAAGGAACUAUGACCGUGGAUGAGUAUGAGGCAGAGUUUGACAGGUUAGCUCAGUUUGCUCCCACCCUCGUCAUAGAUGCAGAGUCUCGGAUGAGGAGAUUUGAAGAAGGAUUGAAGCCUCACUUACGUCGAGGUUUGGCCGUAGUGCACUCAACCAACUAUGUUGACCUGGUAGACAGGGCCAAGAAUAUGAAAAUUAUCUGGAAGGAAAUACACGAUUCAAAAGAUAGAAUACAAAAGAAAAGGAGCAGAGAUGAUGAUACUCAUAGUGGACAAAAUUCUAGUAGGACAGCAAAAUCUCGUAAUAGGUCUGGGCAAUCAGAAAAGCAGGGAUCUUAUGGAGAGACUAUUCAACAAGGCCAGUCUAAAUGUGAAGCAUGUGGUGGUGCCUAUAAGACAGAACUGUGUAGACAAUUAUCUGGCGCAUGUUUCAGAUGUGGCCAACAGGGUCAUAAAAUAGCAAAGUACCCUCGCAAUCAGCAAGUAUCACAAUCAGAUCAGAGGCCUCAAGCUACAAGGACCCAGCAAGUGCAAGGUUCUCCUGCUCCGGUUCAGAUUGCUCAGCCUUCUUCUCCUAAGCAGCAGAUAGGAGGGAGACCGCACAUACAGGGUCGUAUUUAUGCACUGACUCAGCAGGAUGCUCAGGCAUCCAAUACUGUGGUGUCAGGUACACUACCGGUUGCUUCUGUUUAUGCUUAUAUACUGUUUGAUUCUAGUGCUGCACAUUCAUUGUGUCAUGGAUAUUUGUGCGAAAACAUGACCUAUCUUACGUGUCGUUAA